UGCAGCAGGAAAAUACAGUGUCGAAGCGCACAGAGCUGGCACUGCUGUGUGUAUGUGUGCGUGUCGGUGCGCGCCAGGCAGUGGUCACCUCUCCUGCCAUGGAAGAGGGUCCACAUCGGUCGGACACACAGGGCUGCAUCUUAUUAUAAAACUCUGCUCAACAGCGGGACUCUGUGCUUUUGUUGGGAUUUAACGCGCCCGGUGCGCCGGUGGGAGCGGAUGCGGAGCACAGCAGCGGUCGCCGGCGCGUCUCCAACUUGACCACCACCAGACAAUGGGAGCAGCUGAGCCGAGCUGCUGCAGCGCCAAGUACUACUACAACUGCUCGCCCCUGGGAGAUAAGUACGAGGAGAAGAGGGAGAACCAGCAGCGAGAGGAGGGGGUAAAGAAGGAGAGGGAGAAGAGGAGGCAGACGUGUUGUACCUGCAGCAGCAGCAGCGCCGGGACUCCCACAGCAGCCGAUACGCACAGAUCCAGAACGACGCUCCGGCUGCCUCAGGGAUCCAUGUGAGACGGAGCCUGCAGAUGUGAGAGAAAGCUCUCUUCUGUGUGCGGAUUUUGGGAAUAUAAUACAUUCAUAUUUGUUUCAGCGCUCCAGGGACAAGCGGACGCCGGUUUCUGCAGUCAAACAGCCACUGAAGGAAUAUGUCUCAUUUCUCUGUUAACUGCGACGGAGCGCACAGACCGGACCUUAGAGUCAUUGCGUGUAUUUGUGUCAGGUAUUAGCAGGCUGCAAGCGCUUGCUGUCCUCUGAAACCAGUGACCCCCCUCCCUUCCCAUUUUUGUCCCCGGUUGUCCCCCCUUGAACCAAAACCUGGACGAGCUUCCUCCUUACGGUCCCUCCGGCUGCCUCUGUCCGAGGUUCUGAACACAUUUUCGGGCUGGAUUCAGUGGAUUUUCUGUUGCGGCGGCGCUGGGGGAGUGAGAACGGACACAGGCAUGAUUUUAUGGAGAGUGAAGUGAUGGCCAUCCCGCGGCUCGGCACUGGAGAAUACGGGAUCUGAAACGGACACGCACCCACAGAGAAGCAGGACAUUCCGGGCUCACCUUGGAGGUCAUAAACCAUCGCCCAAGCCCCCCCCUGUCCCCGUCACCAGACCUCCUUCUCAGCCUUUUCUGAAGAGUGUCCAACACCUUCACAACCCCCCUCCAAAUAAAAUGAGACUGGCAAAAAUGUGCCGACUGAACGCGCUGGGGAUCUAUUUGUGGGAAACGGUUUUAUUUUUCAGUUUAGCAGCAUCAAAAGAAGCUGCGGCGAGGAAAGCUGCCUCCCCGAUGCCACCGUCGGAGUUUCUGGACAAAUUGAUGGGGAAAGUCUCGGGGUACGACGCCAGAAUUCGACCGAAUUUUAAAGUGUUCAACAAAGACCCCAAAGGCUCGAAAAAUGAAGCUACUCACAAGAAAGGUCCCCCUGUCAACGUAACCUGCAACAUUUUUAUCAACAGUUUUGGCUCCAUUGCUGAAACAACAAUGGACUACAGAGUGAACAUUUUCCUGAGGCAGCAGUGGAACGACCCCAGGCUGGCUUACAGCGAGUAUCCUGACGACUCGCUGGAUCUCGACCCCUCCAUGUUGGACUCCAUCUGGAAACCUGACUUGUUCUUUGCCAAUGAGAAGGGGGCCAACUUUCAUGAGGUCACUACAGACAACAAGCUCCUACGCAUCUCUAAAAAUGGCAACGUGCUCUACAGCAUACGAAUAACUCUGGUCCUUGCCUGUCCGAUGGAUCUGAAGAACUUCCCCAUGGACGUCCAGACCUGCAUCAUGCAGCUAGAGAGCUUCGGGUACACUAUGAAUGACCUGAUCUUCGAGUGGGACGAGAAGGGAGCCGUGCAGGUGGCCGACGGUCUGACGUUACCUCAGUUUAUACUCAAAGAGGAGAAAGAUCUGCGCUACUGCACCAAGCACUACAACACAGGUAAAUUCACCUGCAUUGAGGCUCGUUUCCACCUGGAGCGUCAGAUGGGUUAUUACCUGAUCCAGAUGUACAUCCCAUCGCUGCUCAUCGUCAUCCUGUCCUGGGUCUCCUUCUGGAUCAACAUGGACGCAGCGCCUGCCCGCGUUGGUCUGGGAAUCACCACAGUGCUGACCAUGACCACGCAGAGCUCGGGCUCCAGAGCCUCUCUGCCCAAGGUGUCCUAUGUGAAAGCCAUUGAUAUCUGGAUGGCCGUCUGUCUGCUGUUUGUCUUUUCGGCCUUGUUGGAAUACGCCGCCGUGAACUUUAUCGCCCGCCAGCACAAGGAGCUGCUGCGCUUCAGACGGAGACGACGACACAUGAAGCCUGAGUCUUGGCCUGUGUUGCAGGAGGAGGACCCGGGUGACGGGCGCUUCAGCUUCCCUGGGUACGGCAUGGGUCCUGCCUGCCUGCAGGCCAAGGAUGGCAUGGCCAUCAAGGGCAACAACAACAAUGCCCCGACCUCGGCACCGCCCGAGAAGAGCAUUGAGGAGAUGAAGAAGCUGUUCAUCAGCCGGGCCAAGCGCAUUGACACAGUGUCCCGCGUGGCCUUCCCGCUCGUCUUCCUCAUUUUUAACAUUUUCUACUGGAUCACUUACAAGAUCAUCCGCAGCGAGGACAUCCAUAAGCAGUAGCCGAAUGGAGGAAAUGGGCGACAGUGACGUGAAGCAAAGAAAGCAGCAAAACAAAUUAAAAAUAUGAGACAAAGAUGACUCCAAAGCAGAUAUUAUUGCCCCUCUUUUCCAGCCAUACCUCUUGUCCUCUUCUUUCAUCCUCUUUCUCUUUGGUCAAAGAUUUGCUGCUUUUUGUGGCCCCUCCUUUGAGCCCCAUUUGACCAAACCGUUUGAAGCUUUUUAUUACUUUUUCCUACCUUUCUUGCCCUCCUCCUGAAUCCCAGACCCUUUUCCCUGUUUCUUUAAAACCCCUUAACAGUCUGGACCAGUGCAAUAGCAAUGCAGUAUAAUGCAUGAUAUAUGAAUGUGGCAGUAUACUGAAGAAGAAGCGUAAAAAAAUAAACCUAAACUUUCCAAGACACACCCAGGAUUCUGUUUGGGAGUGAACGGACUAAAACAAAAGGAGACAAAAAGAUCUUGUAUUUAAUUUUAGCUUUUUUGUGACAACAAAAAUAUAAUUCUAUAUGGAAAUAUGACGUAGGGAUGGGGUGGGAAAGGUGCAAGAGGCAUAUAGCAGUGUAGUAUACUUAUUUAUCAUAAUUGGAAGAUAUAUGGACCAUGUCUCCAAGGAUGGACAUCUGGAACAAAGGAUGUUUAACCCCCAAAAAAGAAAAGAAAGAUGGCGGUUCAGUGCUUCCACUAAAUUAAUUGAUGCAAGGAUCAUGCAUUCUAUAUAUCUAGAUUUGCUUCAAACAUGUAUUGCAAGCACUUGUCAAAGCUUUCCCUCCCUCCUGCUGCCAACGCCACAAAAACUGCAGAGACACUUGAAGUUUGUCGCUGCUGCUGGACUAAGAAAAUAAAAUGAAUACAAGACACUAAAAAAAUAAUGGACACCCAGAGCUGAUUAAUACCUGUGAUCAACAUCUAUCAGUUCUUGAUUACUUUCACUCUGCAUCUUUGUGUUUUUUUUGUUUUGUUGUUUUCUUUUCUUUCUUUUUUAAAUAUAAAUACUAAUUAAUAUAUGUGCCAACUAAACUUGUCACUUGUGGCUGUGCGACGCUCGUCAUCUCUGACUUUCUCACCUAGAGGGAGGGCGAGCAGUUUGAUGUCAUUUGUUUCACUGAGAUUUCAGUUCAACGCCAUUAGCCGAAGAAAGACCAGCUCGAUCCUUGACCGGAGUAAAAAAAUGCAGAUUCUGAUUCGUUUUCCUUUGCUGUAUUGGUUGGGACUGAAACAUUCACAUGUUUACAUCUUUGAGCUUCCUUGCUUCAACUCUGCCUCAAUGUGACGCCAACAUCCCCCACCUAUCCUGAUCCUGAGCAAGAGGACAAACGUCUUUACUCAUACAUAAAACAUCGAACUUUACGUGCAUCUCAUCCACAUGGACCAACUGUAGCUGUGAACUUCAUGGAACUGCAUCAUCACACACACAGAGUGCUACACCUGGAUUUAUUUCACCACACUGGAUGGGAUUUAAUCAGUCAGGCUGGUAGAUGUGAUCGAUUGAUAAUUUUUGCUUUGCACCAGGCUUCUCUAUGCAAUGAUCAGUAUAUGCAAUUUUAAUUUUUACUUCUUCACUGCUCUUCCAUCUCAAGUGGUUACACUUUAACGAUUAGAGGUGAGAAUGCCAAGGUAUUGACCUCUUUAAGGCACUUUUGGCCCAAAAGCAUGCAGAUGCCUGCAUGAAAAACUGGUCUGUAAAAAGAAAGACUGAGCCAAAUCUAACUUGAUAUUAAGAUUUUCCCCAUGUUUAAUGCACUAAAGAUUAUUACGUUGGCUAAGUCAUCUGCAUAUUCCAAGCAGAAUAUCCCUAAGUGCUUUUAUGCUUUGAAAAUGUUAAAAAAUGCUACAAUUCUGGGAAAUUACCAGUUUUUUUAGCAAAGAAAAAUCUAAAAUUUACCUUAGAGAUGUAGUUACUCUUGUAACAUUAUUUAACAAAGAGAUUUAUUUAUUCUGAUGACAUAAAAUGUCUUUUAGCACCUAGAAAAACAAAAAAAACAAUGGCUCAAAGUUGUAUGAAUUGAGGAAAACCACUGGCUUAGCAUCAUUAGCUAGGAACAGUAUUGUGUCUCUAGUUUUGUUGCCAGGUUUUAUUCAUGAAAAGUAAGACCUAUCAGUCAUUGUUAUCAUGCUCUAAGAAUCAUACAUUGACACACAAACAUUAUAUUUUUAGAACCAGUUUCAGAUUCUUAUUUUCUGUAUGGAACUGGAAAAAAACAUGGUGCCCUGGGAAUAUUAGAGCCUUUUGUAAUGUUCCUGUUAUGUGCCAUAUACAUUUGAAGAAUAUAAGGUUCACUUCAUAGCCAGCCACAUUAUAUUUAUAGCUUAUGCAGUUUUUACUUGUAGAACACAUUUUCUGAAUAUCCUAAAAUAGAUCUGACGGUACAGGUUAUCUGUCAUUUCCAAAAUCUGUUUUAUCUCAUCAUGAAUACAUCCCAGGCUUUGUGAAUGAAGGUAUGCGAGACUGAUCUGAAGGGCUAUGCCACUCAUUGACUCCAUUCUGAUUCUAGAUAUUAAAAUAAAAAGUGCCAUAAAAACACACAUCACCCAAAAAAAGCUAUGCAUUUCAUCCAAAAUACAUUUUUCUAAAACUUGUUUGCCUGGACCUCUAUGAGUCUUGGUUAAAGUUUGUGUAGGUUGUCCAUGUUUCAUUGAUAACUGAAGGCCAGGUUGCAGGGGCAAGACAUUAAGCAGAGAUACCCAGACCCGUCUCUUCCCAGCUACCUCCUACAGCUCACCUGGGGGACGCUUGGAGUCGAGAAAGUCCUUGGCCAAACCAAACCCUAAUUCCAGCUGACACCAAAACCAUCUUGAUUAGUUUUAAAGUAAUACAUUUUCAGGCUGGCUCCUCAAUGAAAGCCAAAAACACUUAUGGUUCAGAUAUGACCUACGUUGAUAUGACAUAGGCAUAUAGAAAAAAAAGUUAUUUGUCAGGUGGCACAUUUUCUACUGCUUAUUGUGAUAAACGGUCAAUGGAGACUGGGGAUUGCUGGGGAUUGUAAGGAAAUGUGGCUACACAACCUGGCUCUCUUGAACUGAGAUUCUUUAAAACAGUUUGAGGGUUAUGAAACCUCAGUGCCAUUUCUGAACAAAUAAUCAAAAGGACCACCUUUAACUGCUUCUUGGCUGAAUUAGUUUACAAAUAAAAUGAGAGUGCAAUGGGGUUGUUGCUAACUAAAUAAUUUUGAAGCCUUUAAUAAAACAGUCCAUCAAAGCCCAAAAUAGUGUAUCAAUAUUGCUUAAUUUCUGCAAACUCAAUUGAGUUUUAUGAUUUUACGUCUAGAAAAUUCAGUAGCAAAGAAAAGUACGCACACUUUGUAAGCAUUCAAGCUAUGUAACAGGUCUGUUAGCAUUGUGAAGCGUUGGGUAAAAUCAACUACAAUUUUUAAAAGACUCAUCAAAUGAUAGCCCACAAUUUACAGCUAGGUAGGUAGAAAUACUUUGAAUAAAUAAUUGCAUAAAAACUAAAGGUUUUUUUUACUUAUCUUACUUGAACAACAUGCUGCUUUCACUUAAAUUAGGAUUAAUUUAUUGACCAAAAGCUUUUUUUCCCUAUUAGACACUUUUUUUUAAAAUUUGCAAUUAAAAAACAGUUUUUAGUUUUAGUUACACUGGUCCAAAGUCAUGGAUAAGCUUCUACCAACAACUAUUCAAUUCAGUUCUAUUCAGUUUACUUGUAUAACAUCAAUGCACAGCAAAUUGAAUCUCAAAGCACUUCACAAAACUAAACAAGUCUAUUUCAUUUCCAGAAAUAUAUAAUUAGAUCAGAUCAAUACAACCUUAUCAUAUAGAUGGAUUUCAAUAACAUUUAGCAUAUUUCUGGGUCCUAUUUACAAUAUAAUGCAGUCAAAUAGUGAAAUUCAGUUUUUGAGGCCUUUUGGUAAAACCAGUUAAUAUUCAAAAGAAGACCUGAUUUAAAUCAAGAACUUUGCAACAAACCUUCCUUUUGACCAAACAUGUGAUGACGGUGGAUGAUGUUUUGACAACAUCAAGUUUUCAACAAUCCAAGCUUCCUCUACAAUCACACUAGAGAUGUUUUAUGCAGGCUCAAAAUUCACACCAAACCACAACAACCAGAAUUUGUCACUAAUAAACUGAAAUGCUUAAUGAGUGAGGGGAAAUAGUAAAUGUCAAAUAAAUAAAUAUUAAAAUAAAUCAUUUUAAUAUUAUAAAGUCCCAAAACACGUGCAUUUUUAUGCUUCCUUGGAUAUAUUUCAACAUAUAGCCUAUUUGAAAAUAGUUUUGCAGAUGAAAGUUUAAAAACGUAUUGUGGGAUUUUCAGAGAAUCAUGAAAUCAUUUGAUCUGUUUAAUCAAAGUGGCAGCUUCUGCAAGAUAAACAGUUUAGCUUUAACAUAUUCUAAAAAAAUAUUCAUUCAUUAUUCAAAUGACAGAAAGUUCAAUCUCGGGCUAAUCUGGAACUAUGGAACUGAAUUCUUUAUCUCUGCGUGUAUUAAUGUCUCUGCCUUUCUGAAUAAAACUGAAACCAGAAUAAGAAACCUCAGAAACGAGCUCUGUCUCAUUAGAUACUAUUUUUUUCUUCUGUGCCAUAAACAUUCCAACUUGAAGCACUUGUUUUGAGCCAGCAUCCGUUUUCCUGGAGCACUCACACGUAUCUUCUUGUGCCAUAUCGGGGUUGAAUAUGCAACCAACAAACAAUGGGAAUACAAAGAAAAUGAAAACUGGACCUACAAGCAUAUGAUGAAUUUUUCAACCACUUUACAUGAUUCAUGAAUCUUUCCUCUGGCAUCGCUCCUCUGUGUAUCAUAUCUUCAUCAUCAUCAACCUCAUAUUAUUGUAUUAGUCAUUGAUUAUAAUGUAAUGGUUGGAGUUGCAAAUGGUAUAAUAUGUAAAAAAAAAAAAAAAAAAAAUUUGGGUUUAUAUUGCAUCACAUUGAAAAAGAAUAUGAAAGAUAAGUUUAUCAAACUUUAAUUUCUAGGCCGGAUUUUAAAGAAGCACGGUUUAAUAUUUUGAUGGUUAUUAAUUUUGAGGAGGUUUUUUUUGCGUGUAUUUUAGUGUAUGUAUUAUACAAUCUGACGCCCAGAGGGAAAAGGAAAAAUACAGCGAAACCUGAAUUGCUGUGAAUUAAUGGAAUUACCAUUAUUCAUUUACUGAUCUUCUUUGCAAAAGUUGGAAUGGCCUUAAUUUUGCUUUACCUGCUUCUAUUGUGUCUGGCACAAAGUGCAACUCUUUUUAAUUUGCUAAAUUUCCGAUGCUAAUUAUGGCGCUUAUAUAAGCUGAGAGUGCACAUCAAAGCAAGGUGAAAAAGUUCUGCGAAUUCUGUUUAUUUUUCAUUAAUCUGAGAAACUAUAUUUUGCAUGAAUAUAAAUAAAAAUGGCAGAUAUUUUGGCUUGUACAAAAAAUGUGAAGCAAUUUGAAGAUGAAAAAAAGAAUGUACUGUUUCUGCUGUAUCUGUAUAUAUCUGAAUAUUUAUUAAAAAAAAUAUGUCAUACUACUAAUUCUAUUAACGAUUAAAGGUUUUCUGGACAAAAA